AUGCCACUCACAGCAACCUACAAACGAACUUCCGCCACCCAAAUCACCGCCGAUAUCUACCUCCCCUCUCCCUCCACGUCUCCAUGCCCCGUCCUAAUAAACAUCCACGGCGGCGCCUUCAUGCUAGGCGACUCACGCAUGGUAUCAAUCCCCCAAGUAAAUGACUGCCUGUCGUGUGGCUGGGUCGUCGUCGCCCCGAAUCACCGGCUGUGUCCGCAGGUGAAUAUCCGGGAUGGUCCGCUGCGUGAUGUGAGGGAUUGUCUGGAGUGGAUUUAUUCAGAUGAUGGGUUGGACAGGUUCCUGAGGGAGAGCGAGGAAGGAAAGGCGUAUGCUGUUGAUAAGGAGAAGGUUAUGGCAUUUGGAACAUCGAGCGGGGGGAUGCUAGCUUGUGGAUUGGGAUACGACGUCCCCCGGCCACCACGGGCAAUCCUGAAUUUCUACGGCGCAGUCCACUUCACCCACCCCUGCUGGACGCAGCCCAUCCCCGCCAUUAAGUCCAAACUACCCCGAAACCUCACCCCUUCCUUUUUGGAACAAGUGUAUACACAGGAACCAAUCCCAACAAGCAGCAACGUGUCCUUAGAAGGCCAAACCGAAACCGGCCAGAGCGCAGGCCCCGAUUUCUCCCGCCCCCGCGACGCCUUCGCCUUCACGCAGAUCGCCAACGGCGCCGUGAUCCAAGCAUGUUGUCCUGAUCCUGAGGUGCGAAGGGAAAUUGACCCCGUGCUUAAUGUGACGAAAGAAUUUCCGCCGACAUUUGUCGCGCAUGGACUCGAGGAUAAGAUGGUUUCGAUCGAGGUGAGUCGUGAGUUGGUACGAGUGCUAAAGGAGGCUGGGGUGGAGUGUGGGAUGGUUGAGGUACCGGGGGAGGGACAUACCUUUGCUAUGGCGAUGGAAGUUGGGGGGAGGACUUGGGAGUUGCAGAGGAAGGGGUUUGAUUUUUUGGAGAGGGUUAUUUGUUCUUGA